AUGUCUCAUCAACAAUCAAAUUCAAUUGCAAAUGAUUUUUCCUAUUUAUUUUUUCGUAAUGGAGCUUCAUUUGAAAUAAAUUAUGAUGAUGAUGAAGAUCAUGAUAAUAUCCAAGAUGAAAAAUCUCAAUUAAAAUUAAGUGAUAUAUGUUGUUCAAUAAUUGUACAAAAUGAAUAUUUAACUGAACGUGCAUGUGAAAUAAUUCCAAAAGAAUUAUUUACAUCAUUAUUUCGUGCUGCAUUAAAUUAUACACAUGAUGAUAGUUGUAUAAAUAUCUUAAUAACACGAUGGCCAUAUCGAAUAUUUCGUUUAGAAAAUUUUGUACAAAAAAAAUUAACAUCAUUAAAAAUGUUAUUAUGUGAAAAAACUGCAUUACAACGAACAAAACAAGCGAUUAAAUAUUCCGUUAUUAUAAUACCACGUUUUAUUGAUUCAAUAAGACAACAACAACAACAAUUAAAUAAAAAAUCGCUAUCAAAUUUACGUAUACUUGAUGUAACAAAUUUUCCUGUUGUAGAAUUAAUCUUAAGAUAUAUUUCAACACAUUGCCGUUUAGCAGAAAAAGAAACCAAACGAAAUCAAUUAAUUGAUAUUUAUAAUCAACAACAUCAACAUUUAUUACCUGUACUUAGAUCUGAAGAUGACGAUAGUAAUUAUAAUGAAAUAGAUGAUCAUUCAGGAAAUUCAAAUGAUGAUCUAAUUAAAUCAAGUUCAUAUCCGAAUGAUAUAAUUAUCAUACGUUUUGAUUGUAUUAUUCAAGAUUAUCGAACGUAUGUUGAACUUCUAUCUGCUCUUCGUUCUGCAACUCCAAAUAUUCAACUACAAAUAUGUACAAUCGAUAUGCGUUGUAUUGGUUUAGCACUUGUUAGUAGUUUUCUUGAUCAUGUUGAUAAACGAUUUGUUCAUACACUUCGUGUACCAUAUAAUGUUUUAACACGACAAAACUUUAAAUAUUUUCUCCCGCGUUUACCCAAUUUAACACAAUUACAUACAUUAGAUUUAUCAUGUAAUUUUAUUGAUUUUCGUCUUAAUCAAGAUGAUUUAGAACAAUUUUGUCAUGUUUUAUCUCAGUUAAAAUAUUUAAAACAUCUUUCAUUAAGUGGUUCACCAAUAACAAAUCGUCUUGAACAUAUAUUAAAUUCGAUAAAACAUUCAUUAGAUGUAUUAAAUCUUGAUUUUUGUUCGUUAUGUGAAAAUGAUUUAAUAUGUUUAAGUCAAAUGAGUACACAUCAUCAAUUUUUACAUUUGGAUUUAGGUACAAAUCGUUUAAAUCGAUUUAUGCGUACAUUAUUAAUUGUUUUAAUGAAACAAACUCGUCUUGUUGUAUUAGAUCUUGAUUAUAAUCGUUUUUCAUCAAAUGAUUAUUUAGAAUUAAUCGCUUGUUGUCAACGUAUAACAACAUUAAAAUGUUUAAGUGUACGUGGACCAAAUUCUUUAACAACACAAUUAGCUGCUGCAACAUUUAUUGGUGAACAUUAUCCAUGUUUACGUACAUGGAAAAUCGCUUCACCUAUUGAAUAUUCUUUGAAUCGUUUUGUUGGAAAUAAUGAACAAAAUUAUUUAAUUGAAACUAUUAUGCCUUAUGAUAUGUUUGUUAAUGAAAUGAAUAAACGAGCCAAAUGUCUGGUUUCAGUAGCUGAACUUAGUGUGUGA